AUGGAGCAUUCUCCUUUGACUCUGGCUUUCGCAGAUGCAGUUGGGGCAGCUGAAGGAUCGCCAGCUAGAUUUUAUGUUGGUCAUUCGAUAUACAAGGGGAAAGCUGCGUUAACAGUAGAUCCAAGAGCACCAGAGUUUGUGGCUUUAGACUCUGGAGCUUUCAAGUUGUCAAAAGAUGGUUUUCUACUGCUCCAGUUUGCUCCUUCAGCUGGUGUACGACAAUACGAUUGGAGCAAGAAACAGGUGUUCUCAUUGUCUGUUACAGAAAUCGGAACUUUGGUAAGCUUAGGCCCGAAAGAGUCAUGUGAAUUCUUCCAUGAUCCAUUCAAGGGAAAAAGUGAUGAAGGAAAAGUGAGGAAAGUGUUGAAAGUUGAGCCUCUCCCAGAUGGUUCUGGUCACUUCUUCAACCUAAGUGUACAAAACAAGCUUUUGAAUGUUGAUGAUAACAUUUACAUACCAAUCACUAGAGCAGAGUUUGCUGUUCUCAUCUCUGCUUUCAAUUUUGUCUUGCCUUACCUUAUAGGCUGGCAUGCAUUUGCGAACUCAAUCAAACCAGAAGACGCAAACAAGAUGAACAACGCUUUGCCUAACUAUGGAGGAGACUAUGAAUGGAAUAGAUAA